UAGGGAAUCCGAGGGAGCGAUGGCGGCGGCGACGGCGGCGGCGGCUUUAAAUGGUUCUGCGGCAAUGGCAGCGGCGGCGAAGAGUCGAGCGAAGCGCUACGACAAGAUCGACUUCCUUGGCGAGGGACAGUUUGCCACGGUCUACAAGGCCAUGGACAAAGUAACGAACAAAAUAGUUGCAAUAAAAAAGAUAAAACUGGGACACAGAACAGAGGCCAAGGAUGGCAUUAACAGGACUGCCCUACGGGAAAUCAAAUUGCUGCAGGAAUUGAACCACCCCAACAUCAUCGGACUCUUAGAUGCCUUUGGCCACAAGUCAAACAUCAGCUUGGUGUUUGACUUCAUGGACACUGACCUCGAGGUAAUUGUUAAGGAUACAAGCCUGGUUCUGAGUCCUGCGAACAUCAAGUCCUUCAUGGUGAUGACUCUACAGGGCUUGGAAUACCUGCACAUGCACUGGAUUCUACACAGGGAUAUGAAGCCCAACAAUCUUCUGCUGGAUGAGCAGGGGGUGCUCAAACUGGCCGACUUUGGUUUGGCCAAGUCGUUCGGCAGCCCAAGCCGAGUGUACACCCACCAGGUGGUGACGCGGUGGUACCGCUCUCCGGAGCUGCUCUUCGGAGCUCGGAUGUACGGAGUCGGGGUGGACAUGUGGGCCGUAGGCUGCAUCCUCGCCGAGCUGCUGCUUCGGACACCGUUCUUGCCUGGUGAUUCGGAUCUCGAUCAACUGAGCAAAAUCUUUGAAGCGCUUGGAACGCCCACGGAGGAGCUGUGGCCGGGGAUGACGACCCUCCCUGACUAUGUGGAGUACAAAUCCUUCCCGGGCACCCCGCUCGAGAACAUCUUCACAGCGGCCACAGACGAUCUCCUGGAACUCCUUCAGGGCCUCUUUACAUUCAGCCCUGCUGCCCGCCUCACUGCCACGCAGGCGAUGCAGAUGCCCUACUUCAGCAACAGGCCGGGUCCCACGCCUCCUGCCCAGCUGCCACGGCCCAGCUUUGCCCGCGAGGUCAUGAAGGAGCAUGAGCGCGGCACCGUCAAACGCAAGAGGUUCGAAGACGCUGAAGCAGGGUGCCUGGCCAAGAAGCUGAUCUUCUGAGUCUCCUCAGGGAUCCACGGUGCCUCCACUGACCGCCGAAGAUGUGGAAGUGCUUGAACAAGCGCGUCACGUACAUUCCUCUGCGGGAGUCCCCUCCACUAGACGCACAGGCCUUUUGUCAAUCCAAUGCUGGGUGAGGGCCUCUGUUAAUAUGCCCGUACUUUAUGAUGCCCGUCAAUGCGGGUUGGUGAAGGUGGGGAGCAUAGAUGCGACAGCAUAGACAGUACAAUACAACGAUGUGUUUUUACUGCACGUCCCUUCCCUGCUGCCCACCACAUAGACCCGCAGCCGCCUAUAAGCAACCCGGAGUGCAAGGUGGUCGUCAGUCCAAGCACACAUCGGACUGAGUCCUAUUAGCUUCCAAGGUCUGACUAAUUGAAUUGGUGUCCGGGGCAUUUCAGAAAUUGCUUUCAAGUGGAUCGCGGUACGGUGUGAAUUCUCUGGUCUGGAGCAGAGCUUCGCAGACUCCACUCCUCACAUCCUGCCACUUGGCACGUACGGCCGUUUUGUCAGUCCAGAAUCGGAAUAUUUAUACUGGAGGAAUCCGAUCGAGCUAUAAAGUUCUUUUCUCACAGAUGCCCGGAUGUCCAGUCUGCUGCUGGACACGAGAUCCUUUCCACGCCUUCGUCGGUUGAGGAUUAUUUGUUUCGGGUUUUUUGUGAGUUUGAUCGCGUAGAUGUAAAAGUGUCGUUAAACCCACCACCACCACCCGACGGCCAAAACGUGCCAAUUAGUUAGUUGUUCAGCACACCGCUGGGUUGGAGAGUAAACCCACAACAUUUACAAUUCGAGUUCGACGUUUCGCCGGCAAUUACAACCAGAAUCAUCGGGUGACAGCCAGAAUUGUGAAGAAAUCCUGUUUCGGUCUUCGACGGGGUAAAUGUGAUGUCUUCACUUGAGCCAAUUGGUUGCGAAGACCAGAGGGGGCGGGGGGGCGGGGGGUUAAUGUGUCAAUGAAUUACAAUAAUAUCUAUUCUUAGUUGGGUUAUUCAUAGUUAAUAAACAUACAUUAUGUGUGUACGUUAUGUCGUUUUCGGUAAAAAAAUCGCAAUACCUGUAAUUGGCUGCUCACAGUUAAUCACCAUCGACGAACGGAGACCUGAAUCAGCGUGCAAUUAACAGUGUAUUGCUUGAUACGGAUUAUUUGAUAAUUGUGAGGGUUAGUAUAGGUGGGGAGCAUAGUGGCAGGAGCGUUUAAACUACAGGCACCCCUCGCUUCAUGCUAUGCUGUAGAUGGCCGAUUCUUUAUUACGCUGCUUGUCCUGGAGAACAUUUUUACUGAAAAUGAAAAUCUAAAAAGCGGUACGAGUGAGAAAGCGCAUCUUGAGCACUAAGCGAGCUCUAAGUUUACGGCACAACAAUAGAUUUGCUGUAGUAUCCUCUGCUGCGGACACAGCGCUUUUGCGCUCUAAACUAUUUCCUUUCUGAUACAAAUCAUGGCAUUACAUCUUCUUGGUUCUUUCGGUAAAGUCACGUAGAAGGGAAGUAAUAAAACAAAAAUAAAACAUAAUAAAAUAAUUCUCACGACGUUUCGGCCACAACGCAAGCAGCCGUCCUCGGGUGAAGACCAGGUCUGUCGGGGAGACAGCGUCUGAAUGAAACGCCACCACGCUUGGAGCGUAUAUUUAAGCUGGGUUGGAAGGGGGGAAGGGCGCCUUGACAAAAUAAUUUGCAUAUCAAGAGGAAUUUAGCAUAUUUAUGGGAAAUGCAGGUAUGUGAUAUUACCUUUGAGCCGGCUGCUUGCGAUGUGGCCGAAACGUCGUGAUAAUUAUUUUAUUAUGUUUUAUUUUUAUUAUUUUAUUAUUUCUACGUGACUUUACCGAAAGAACCAAGAAGAUGAAUCCCUGCAGUCACGAAAGCUUUAAAUCGAAAUCAUGGCAAUUACACUUUGCAUGCACACCCUCAUGAUUGGUACACAUGAUGGGUUGUGAGGACUGACGUUUGAGAAGCCCUGUCGUAGGUAGUGCGUUGUACACAUUUAGUUUUCAAGUUUUUCAUUAAAGCAAGGAGGGUGGAGUUUUUUUGUUGUUCACAGAAUAACAUUACUUUAUAAACGUCUACCUGUUACAUCUCGCAAGCAGUUGCUGCGCCUGGCUGUCCACAGACCCGCCGAGUUAUAUAAUGCGCAGCACGGGACCCCGCUGUGGGAACCGGAGCUUGGCUGAGACCGAGAGCCGCCGUAGACUUCACGCUUACAGAAUUCUGUGUCUGCUGUUUGGGCCAUUAGCGUCCCUGGGGGGCGCCUCCCCCCCCCGCCCCCCGGUACUGAUGUUGUGGCGUGACGUGAACGUUGAUCCGUUGCCCCCCAAGUAAGCGGUAAAGUUGAGCGAUUGAUUUCGGCUUGGAUGAAUAUAUUCUGAUAACCAUACAGAUACUUGGUAGCACAUGCAUUGCUAAUCACAAGCUUAAAGAGCAAAUUCGCAUAUUUAAUGCAGUUCAGAUGUAUAUUUUUGUAUCCAUUCGCAAAUACUGUUUGUACUGUAUAUAAAUUCCCAUGUACGGAUAGCAUGAAAUACAAACCCACUUGUCAAACGUCGUGCAGAAGGUUUUUGUUUGCCGGUCGAUUGUGUACAUUUACGUGAUCGUGAUUGCGAGUGUGUGCUGUGUUAUCGGAAGCCUCCAGAGUGAAAGGAAUAUCCAACUCAACUGGAGGCUGCGGUAUGGACAGAUAUGUAGAAAAGUCGGAUAGACCAUGCGCAACUAUUGAACUGGUGGUUAAUUCGGGUGGGUAUGUGAUGUUUGGGUUUACGACAUACUGUUGUGUUAAAUGUGCAAAAUAUCAGUGGUCUCGGUACGUUUAAAAUAUUUCGGGAGAUAAGCCCCGGUUCGGUCACAAGAUGUAAACUGCAAAAAUAAAGUUGUGGUUCUUCA